CCACUGCAGACAGCUUAAACCGCUUUGCCUCUCUAGUCAUGGCUGCUGUUCCUACUCACGAUAUCCCCGGCACUGAGCGUGAUGAGCUCUUGUGCACCUACGCCGCCCUCCUCCUCCACGACUCGGAUCUUGAGAUCACUUCUGAGAACAUCAACAGUCUCAUCCACGCCAGUGGCGCUAGGCACGUUGAGUCCUACUGGCCUGUUCUCUUCGCCCGCAUGUUGAAGGGCAAGGACGUCUCUGAGAUGCUCUCUGCUGCUGGCUCUGUUGGUGCCGUCGCUGCCGCCCCCGCUGGUGGUGCCGCCGCUGCUGGUGGCGAGGCUGCUCCUGCUGAGGAGGCUAAGGUUGAGGAGGAGGAAGAGGAGGAGGAUGAGGAUAUGGGUUUCGACCUCUUCGAUUAAGGGAAGCUUACCUUACUAGAGACCAAUAGCUGCUGUCCGAGCCAGUAGUUGGCCUUGAAGGGUUU